CUCUUUUCUCUCCCCUUCCGGCGGAGGCGCACGUCUGGUUGAGCGGCGCGCGGCGACGGCGGCUGCGGGAGGAUUGUUUGGAGCGGCGGCGGCGGCGGCGGAGCAGCACCGGGACCGGCACCGGCACCAGGCCCGGGACCAGGCCCGGGAGCGGAGCAGCGGGCCUGGCCCGGUCCGGCUCGGCCAUGGCGGAGUUCCUGCCGCCGCCCGAGUGCCCCGUGUUCGAGCCCAGCUGGGAGGAGUUCGCCGACCCCUUCGCCUUCAUCCACAAGAUCCGGCCCAUCGCCGAGCAGACGGGCAUCUGCAAGGUGCGGCCGCCGCCGGAUUGGCAACCACCGUUUGCAUGUGACGUUGAUAAACUUCACUUUACUCCACGGAUACAGAGGCUGAACGAAUUGGAGGCUCAGACUCGUGUAAAACUGAAUUUUCUGGACCAGAUUGCAAAGUUUUGGGAGCUCCAAGGAUGUACACUGAAAAUACCACAUGUAGAGAGGAAGAUCUUGGAUUUAUUUCAACUUAAUAGGCUAGUGGCAGAAGAAGGUGGAUUUGAUGUAGUCUGUAAGGAGAGGAAAUGGACCAAAAUAGCCACAAGAAUGGGUUUUGCUCCUGGCAAGGCUGUGGGUUCACACAUCCGUGCACAUUAUGAGCGUAUUCUUUAUCCCUACAACUUAUUCCAGUCUGGAGCUAGUCUACUGGCACCUGACAUUUGUUCCAAACUGAUGUGUUUAGUGGAUCAUGCAGUUCUGAAAAAGUGUUUGCAGAAGCCUGACCUCACCAAUGAUACAAAGGACAAGGAAUACAAACCUCAUGAUAUUCCCCAGAGGCAGUCUGUUCAGCCGUCUGAAACUUGCCCACCUGCACGUCGUGCAAAACGCCUGAGAGCCGAGGCUACUAAUAUCAAAACUGAAUCUGAGACUCCAGAAGCCAGAACUCAUAACUUGAGACGCAGAAUGGGAUGUACACCUUCAAAGUGUGAAAAUGAAAAGGAAAUACACAGCACAGUGAAACGAGAACUUGCUGAGAAGAGAGAACACACUGGAGACAUGGAGAAAGAGAAACCCAAAAGCCGCUCUAAAAAACCCACUAGUUCAAUUAUUAGAAAGAUACAUGGGCCCAAGGUGGACUUGUAUGUAUGUCUCUUGUGUGGUAGUGGUAACGAUGAAGACCGUCUUCUGUUGUGUGAUGGCUGUGAUGACAGUUACCACACUUUUUGUUUAAUUCCACCCCUUCAUGAUGUUCCCAAAGGGGACUGGAGGUGUCCCCAGUGUCUGGCUCAGGAGUGUAAUAAACCGCAAGAAGCAUUUGGUUUUGAACAAGCAGCAAGAGACUACACACUCCGCACAUUUGGAGAGAUGGCAGAUGCAUUCAAGUCAGACUAUUUUAACAUGCCUGUACAUAUGGUUCCCACAGAGCUGGUUGAAAAAGAGUUUUGGCGACUUGUUAGCACCAUUGAAGAGGAUGUCACAGUGGAAUAUGGGGCUGACAUUGCUUCAAAAGAGUUUGGCAGUGGCUUUCCAGUUAGAGAUGGGAAAUUUAAAGUUCGGCCUGAAGAAGAAGAGUAUCUUGAUAGUGGCUGGAAUUUGAACAAUAUGCCUGUGAUGGAGCAGUCUGUCCUUGCUCACAUCACUGCAGAUAUAUGUGGAAUGAAAUUACCUUGGCUAUAUGUAGGAAUGUGCUUUUCUUCAUUUUGCUGGCAUAUUGAAGACCACUGGAGCUAUUCCAUCAACUACCUGCACUGGGGGGAGCCUAAGACUUGGUAUGGAGCCCCAGGAUAUGCAGCUGAACAACUGGAAGAUGUAAUGAAGAAGUUGGCUCCUGAGCUAUUUGAGUCUCAACCAGAUCUUUUGCACCAACUUGUCACCAUUAUGAACCCAAAUACGCUGAUGGCCCACGGAGUGCCUGUCUACCGAACCAAUCAGUGUGCUGGGGAGUUCGUGAUUACAUUUCCAAGAGCCUAUCACAGUGGCUUUAACCAAGGUUUCAAUUUUGCUGAAGCUGUUAACUUCUGCACAGUUGACUGGCUGCCAUUAGGUCGGCAAUGUGUGGAACACUAUCGCCUAUUAAACCGCUAUUGUGUGUUUUCUCAUGAUGAGAUGAUAUGUAAAAUGGCUUCCAAAGCAGAUGAUCUUGAUGUUGUGGUAGCAUCUACAGUUCAAAAAGACAUGUCUAUUAUGAUCGAAGAUGAAAGGGCAUUGCGUGAGGCUGUGCGUAAACUGGGAGUGACUGAGACUGAGAGAGUGGCUUUUGAAAUGUUGCCUGAUGACGAGCGCCAGUGUUUAAAGUGCAAAACCACUUGCUUCAUGUCUGCUGUUUACUGUUCAUGUAAACCUGGUUUACUGGUUUGCCUGUAUCAUGUAGAAGAUCUCUGUUCCUGUCCCACUUAUAAAUAUAAACUGGGCUACCGGUACACUCUUGAUGAUCUCUACCCAAUGAUGAAUGCACUAAAAUCGCGUGCAGAAUCCUACAAUGAAUGGGCUUCUAAUGUAAAUGAAGCUUUGGAGGCAAAAAUUAAUAAUAAAAAAAGCCUCAUCAGUUUUAAGGCUUUGAUAGAAGAAUCAGAAAUUAAAAAGUUUCCAGAUAAUGAUCUGCUGCGACACCUUAGAUUAGUUACCCAGGAUGCUGACAAAUGUGCCUCAGUUGCACAACAACUUCUUAAUGGCAAAAGACAAACCAGAUAUCGUUCCGGUGGAGGGAAGUCCCAAAAUCAGCUGACUGUGAAUGAACUCCGGCUGUUUGUAAGACAGCUAUAUGCGCUACCCUGUGUCCUCAGUCAGACACCAUUACUGAAGGAUCUUCUUGAUCGUGUGGAAGCUUUCCAACAGCAUAGCCAGAAACUGCUUUCUGAAGAAAUACCCAGUGCAGCAGAACUACAGAAGCUCUUAGAUGUCAGUUUUGAGUUUGAUGUUGAUCUUCCGCAACUACCUGAACUACGGAUACGCCUGGAGCAGGCACACUGGCUAGAAGAUGUACAGCAGGCUUGCGCGGACCAAAGCUCCCUUACUCUUGAUGAUAUGAGACGACUCAUAGACUCGGGUGUUGGAUUGGCUCCUUAUCCAGCAGUUGAGAAAGCAAUGGCUAAGCUGCAAGAGCUCCUUACUAUAUCUGAACACUGGGAUGACAAAGCCAGAAAUUUGAUAAAGGCCAGACCACGACAGACACUAAGCAGUCUUGUAGCUGCAGUAAAGGAGAUAGAGGAGAUUCCCGCUUAUCUCCCAAAUGGAAUUGUGCUGAAGGAUGUUGCACAAAAGGCCAAAGAUUGGCUACAAGAAGUGGAAGCCUUGCAGGGUGGAGGGCGUGUGCCAGUACUUGACACACUUGUGGAGCUUUUGACAAGAGGUCGCUCUAUCCCAGUACAUCUGGACUACUUGCCAAGACUGGAGUCCUUAGUGGCAGAGGUUCAAGCUUGGAAAGAAUGCGCUAGCAAUACAUUUCUGACGGAGAACUCCCCUUAUUGUCUUUUAGAGGUGUUAUGUCCCAGAUGUGAUAUUGGAAUAUCUGGGCUUAAAAAAAAACAGAAGAAAUUAAAGGAGCCAGUACCAAGUGGAAAGAAGAAAGGCACCAAACUGGAGAGUCUGAGUGACCUAGAAAGAGCUUUAUCUGAGAGUAGGGAUACUGCCUCUGCGAUGGCCACACUUGGAGAAGCCCGUCUGAAGGAGAUGGAAGCGCUUCGUUGUCUGAGAGCAGCAAAUGAAGGAAAAGUGCUAGCUACUGAAGAGGAUGGAGAAAUGAAAGUUUGCCUGUGCCAGAAAGAGCCAGUUGCCCCCAUGAUACAAUGUGAACUCUGUAGAGGGUUCUUUCACACCAGCUGUGUUUCAGCACCCAGCAUUUUGCAGGGACCUCAUGUGUGGCUCUGUCCUCACUGCCAUAGAUCAGAAAAGCCACCGUUAGAAAAAAUCCUACCUUUGCUGGCCUCCCUGCAGCGUAUCAGAGUGAGGCUUCCUGAAGGAGAUGCUUUACGGUAUAUGAUAGAGAGAACUGUGAACUGGCAGCAUAGAGCACAACAAAUGCUAUAUUCAGGGAAUCUAAAACACAUACAAGACAAAGUUGGCUCAGGACUAUUGUACAGCAGAUGGCAAACCACAGCAGGCCAGCUGCCAGAGACAAACAAGGUAUCUCAGACAAUUGGUGCUAUGUCUUUCUCUCUGCCUCAUGACUGGGAUAGCAGAACCAUAUAUUUACAUUCUCCUUUUUCUACAGGACAAAACUGCAUCCCCCUUCAUGUCAUUAGUGCAGAACUGGAUGAGUUGAUGAUGGAAGCCCAGCUGCUACAGGUUUCGUUACCUGAAAUACAGGAGCUGUACCAGAUCCUAUUCACAAAACAGAGCCCUGUUCUGCAAGCAGAGCAGAAGUCACCAGUAGGACCAUUGAAUGAAAAGAAUGAGUACUGCCGGGGCAGGAGAGAUGGAGUCGGUUAUAUGGAGAGAAAGUUAAAGAGGCGCUUUGAAAGAGAGGGCUUCUGCGAUGGCAAGAGGGCAAGGAUAAAAAAAAUGAAAACCCCCAAAAAGAAGAAACUGAAACUGAAUUACUCGAAGGAUCUCAGUAACAACAAAUUGGAGAGGGAGAGAGAGAGGGAGCGGCUCAUUGAGGUGCAGCGCUCCAGCGAAAGCCACUUGCUUCCCUCAGAUACAUCGUUCUCAGAGCAGGAAGACUCUGAGGAUGAAGAUGCAAUCUGCCCUGCUAUGAACUGUCUGCAGCCUGAAGGAGAUGAGGUGGAUUGGGUCCAGUGUGAUGGCAGCUGCAACCAAUGGUUCCAUCAGGUGUGUGUGGGUGUCUCUCCAGAGAUGGCAGAGAAGGAAGACUACAUCUGUGUCAGCUGUGCUGGGAAGGACUCUCAACAUCGAAAGUAAAACUCCCCAUAAAUCAUUCAAGACUCUAUUUUAAAGAAGGUUAUGAGAAUUUCUCCAUAAAGCCACAGGGGCUGGUUUAAUAGCCAGGCUGCAAAUGGUGCUACUUCUAUCCUCACGGGAUCAUUUUCCAGAACUCAGUUUUUGACACUUUUUUGUAUUUUUCUCCCUUGAGCUGUUUGUGAUUGUUGAGGUUUGAAAUGCUGACUGUUUAGCAGGGGUUUCCGCCAAUUUGGAAGGCAUUUGAAACAUGCACCUUUUUAUUGUACAGCAUUAAAUUACCUCUCUCUGGGAUUUACCGGCAUAUUUAAAUCAACUCUGUUUGGGUGCAAAAAACUGCACUAUGAGUUUUCCAAUAAAUCCUCUUUUGAGGAAAUCCCUGUUUACCCUGUUAACUUGUUGGAAACUUUAGGUUUUUUCACUUUGAUUUUUUUUGUAGACUAGGUUUAUUUAUCUGAGCAAUAACUUCUAUGUCUGGCUUCAGUGACUGGAAUGACAAUUCUGAACAGCGUGUUGGUGCUUUUAGCAUUGGUUAAUGUACAGAACGCAAACGGUUAGGUCCUAGUAUCACUGAUGGAUUAGUGAUUUAGAAGACAGAAAUGGCUCUGUAAAGUAAUUGCCACAGCUGUAUUUUGGCUUUCUUCUCUUUUGGGUAGCUUGUAUCAAAUGUUGCAGUUUAUAUUGUGGAAUAAACCCCUGGUUAUAUUAUAAAAUUAAAUGUUGGUGUUUUCAGAGAGCUUAAAAUGCAGCUUCACUUUCAGUUUGAAUUGGUCUUUGCAUUGGCUGGGUUUCAUUUGCUCAGAAAAAAAAAAUCCAUCUGAAAAAAAGAAAUAAAUAAAAAGCCACGCCAUUUUCUUACCUUCUUUACAACUCCAGUCUAGGAAGAAGGAAGUGAAAUCAAAAUAUUGUUUGCAUCAAAUACAUUUAAAAAAAAUUUUUUUUUUUCUUCAAAGCAGAAAGUGUCGCAUAACAGAUGGGCUCAGGAAUAAGCUGUUCUGGGGGUUCUUUAGCAACAGAGUCUGGGGGAAUUGCUGCUGUUGCUGCUCUGUGAAUGCAAGCAAGGCAUGACUGAUUAGGUGGGGAAGCAGGAAAAAAAAAAGUGAUACAGCUCCAAUCUCAUCCAUCUGGCUUUGAAGAGAAUGGCUUCGCCUAAAGCACAGAUUGAUUGCCAGCUGGGCAACAGAGCACUGGCUGUCUGUAUCUCUUUGUUUCCAGCUGCUUCCACCGAUCUUCAGGCUUUAAUGGCAAAUAAAUAGCCUGGAUGUCAAUGUAAGUAGUUGGGGAAACAAAACAGAACUAAUCCAGCUGCCUUUGUUAGGGACCACUGUUAUCAUGGACUGCAUACAGGGGCUGCAAAUGUCAAUGUUACAAAGAUGCCAGCCAUCAGCAGGAUAAAAAUACUUUGAGGAGAAGGGAACAAGAUAGCCAAGCAUCCAUGGGAGCAAUGUAGAAGAGACCGAAGCAGCUUAUCAGUGUAUCCAAGGAAAAACGGACUCGAGCAGCAAGUAAAAACUAAGCAGGGAAGAGCAUGUGGGAGAAAAGGGCAAAACAGCAGCAGAUCACAUGCUGGAGGGAGAAUUGAGAGAAUCCAAAUAGAAAAUGUAACUAACUUUUAAGAGUAUUGCACCAUGCCUGGGACUGUACCUUUAGAAAUAAUAGAAAAAUAGGACUAAAAAUGUCUCGGGUCAUAAUUUAGCUCCCUGUUGAAGGGAAGAUCAUUUCCUUGUAUAUCAUCCCAGACCAAUAUAUUAAAAAAUUUAAGUGCAGAUGUCACCACCUCUAGCUAAUCUGGUCCUGUACUUCACCAUCUUCAUAAUUGGACUGCUCUUACUAAUGUUCAACUUAAACAUCCCAUAUUGGAAUUUGAACCCAUUACACAUGUCUGGUCUCCUGUGGACACGGGGAACAAUUGAUAGCCAUCCCCUUUGUAACAACCCUUUUUGUAUUUGGAGACUCCCCUUAGUCUUCUCUUCUCCAGAUGUCUUAAUCACAGGUCUUCCAAUCUGUCAUCAUAUGUUUCAAGUCCUCUGAUUGUUUUUGUUGCUCUCAUUUAGAGUCUCCAAUUUGUCCAUGAGAUAAAUCCCUUGCAUUCCUUUGAGAAGAGAGGCUAGCGCAGGGUGUGGCAAAUUGGAAAAUGGAAAGCGCUACAGUGCUCUGUGGCUUCAGUGGAUUGUUAUUUGGCAGGUGUUAACUUAAAGCAUUACCACUAACUUCUGAAGUCCUAGAAGGGCCUGGGACCUUCCUAACCUUCCUCCAUAGGUUAUACUGACACCACUGUGAUGGGUGGAAGUGCUGGUAUUCCCAUUAUGCUUGAGCAAGAGCAUCCGCUCGCAAGAUAUUCUUCAUUGGUGUCCUCAGCUCUGGAUUCCUUCCUUGGUCUGAAUUACUCAAUUGUGCUGACUUCCUGGGCACACAGCAAAGCCUUUCUUUUUGAGCAGGGAAGGAUUGCCAGUGUUUAGGGAUGAACUAUGUGGAACAUGGAGGCUGAUAGGGUUUAGAUUUGUAAUGUUUCCUGGCUGGUGUUUUAGUAUGUUUAGUCUUGUAUUGGAUUUUUAACUACUGUUGAAAGCACUUAGAGCCCAGGAUAUAUAAUUAUCUAAAUGCAAAUAAAAAGACAACAUGACACCACAACAUCAGCGGUAAAAACAGCUAAAAGUAUAUAAAUACGUUCUGCAAAGAUGUUGUGUGGUCUCAAAUGGAAGAGAAGUUAUCUACUGGAUGCUCAGUGAUGAUGUAGCCUGGGGCUGUCCAAUUCACAGGCUGUGUGCAACCCACGAGGGGUGAAAUUGUGGCUUGGGUACUGUUCCCCCUCACUCCAGUUGCUGCUACUGCCAGGAUCUCUGGGCUCCCCACUCCCUCCUCCAACUUCUGUUUCCUGCCUCUGCCCCUGGGGUGGGACAAGGCAGCUUGCAGGACCAGGGAGCCUGCAGCUUGGCAUCCACAUGGCACAGUUUGUUGGGGUGGGGAGGAGAAUACUGGUGGCGUGGUUUGGCAGGGACCAUUGUGGCCCGCAGCCAUGAUGGAGCUGGACAGCUCUGAAUGUAGUCCAUGUUGUGAGAGAAGUUUGGAAGUCCCUGUCCCUGCAGCAAAGCUGUCUGAUACAGAUCACUCCAUGCAUUUUAGAAAUAGUUUUCUUUAAGGGAAAUGGGGACAAAAUGGGGAAACAUGCACUUGGCCAGGGUUUUGAUAUCCCUUUUGGAUAUUACUGAAAAUAUUAGACCUUUUCUCCCAGGUGCUCAUUUCCUCAAUGCUUGUUUCCUCCUUAUACUUGCUGGGUUAAGAAAACUGUUUAUGAAGAAAAGUAUCAAACUACAAUGCCAUGACUUCAGUACUUUGUGACCUCAACACUUAUCCACAAAACCACGGCUUCUUUAAAUUGGAGUUAUUAAACCAAAAGAGACCACUGUAGUCUUGGGGGGGACGACACAGAUUUUUUCUGAUCUCUUUUAUGGGACCAGUUGUAUCGUUCUGAAAACUAUUGGACACACUUUUGGGCAUUGAGGUGAUCAGAAGAAGGGCACUUGAUGCCUGAAAGCUUGUCUAAUAGCGCUCUCAACAAUACAGUUGGUUCAGUAAAAGAUAACACACACAAUCUUCAACUCUUGGACAUUUUUUUUGGCCCAUCACAACUACAGCAACACUCCAAAUCUACCAUACUACGUUUUGAUCUUAUCUUGACCACCUAUUUACCACAGGUCUUAGGCUUUUACUCAGUUGUCUUAAGCUUAACUAGAACUUAAUUAGAGCACAACUUUCAGAAAGACACCUAAACAAUCUGAGUGAUCAUCUUUAUAUUAAACAUUUAUAUUUUUAUUUUCAGUUGGAAUUUGUCUGACUUCAAGUUACAGCCACUAAAACUUUUUGUAUACUUGCCUGUUACGUUGUGGGGGUCUUUAUUUUCGUAAGUUUUCUUCCCAUAUUGGUACUUAGACCAUGAUAAGGGCAUUUGUUAACUUUCUGUUUAGCUAAAUAGGUUAAGCUGUUUUAAUCUCUUGAAAUAGGACAGGUGAGUGUGCCUUGCAUGCAUCUCUUGAGAAGGAAUGCUGGCCAGUGUAGCUUAAAUGGUACAGUCCUGUCAUGCAGUCUUCCUACUCUUCAUCUCUCCACUUGCGAACAUUUAAGGACACAUCCGUACUCUUUCAUGUACUUUGAAUUGCAGCAAUCCAGAUGGAUGUGAACAAAUUUGGAUCCUGAUUCUUUACUUAGUAAAUAUAGUGUCUUAGAUAAGUCUGGUUUGUAGUUAGUUGGUAGGUUAGGUUAGGCUAACUUAGUGGUUUAAAGGAAGUUCUUUGUAGUCUAACUUAGGUCUGUAUCUGGUUUAUUUAGGGAUUUGGAGUUGGAGAAACCUGCUUUUAAAAUGAUACCCUUCUUGUCUGGUGGUUCUUUUGGCAUUGAUGCUCUUUUUAUGGGUCUGGAUUCCCUGGAUGUGGGCUGCUCUGCCUGAAUCAAAAUUAUCCUGUAGGCCUACAAGGAACACCAAAGCAGGUCAUGUAUCUUAUUGCUUCAGGAAGAUGUGGCUGCAAAGCCUUUCUGAUCCAACAUUUGCUAACGGAUCUAAACGCAGUUUAAAAAAAAGGUGGCUCAAGCUUCAUGUGGGUCUAAGAUGAUGAUAAUACAGAAAGCAUGGGUCUCAGUUUUAGGAUCUGGUUCAAAGGUGGCUAUGCUUUUGUUUUUCAAGGUGUUGGAUCAAACUUUCAAGUGCUGACAGACUCCAUCGGUUUUAACCUGCAAGACAAGAGCCAAACUAGGGGACAGUCAUUAAACUUAUCUGACUGGUUCUCAAGAAGAGUAUCACAGACUGCAAAAGUCUUUCAUUGCUAAUAUGUUGACACAGUUGGAAAUCCUGGGGGUCCACUGAAAUGGAGCAGAGGCUCAUGGAUCUUAAACAAAAAGAUGAAAAACCAAAAGCAGUACUUUCUCUGUCCCAAGCAUUGCACUGCAUCUGAAGAAAGCUUGAGAAUCAUCAGUAGCCCCUUCACUAGUACACUCAUCUUCUACUGCCUAAGUGGCUGACCAUGCCAGCCAUGUUCAGAUAAUUUCCCAGUAUGUUGAAGACUUCAUCAGGAGGGCAAAAGGAAGUGGACAUUGUCAACUUCUCACAGUUUUCCACUGGACACAUGAAGGCAAUAUGCAGAUUUGUCUCAUUGUUCCUUCCACACGGUUGACCACGAGGGUCAAAAAUUGACACACUGAGCAGGAAAAUAUUUUCGUAUGAUGCAAAUGUGGCAAAAUACCAGGCAGUGAUAGCGUAUCAAUAUAAUUUAAAGGACAGGAUCUCUUUGAUCCUUAGGAUGUGCUUUUCUAAACAUAGAGUGGCUUAUACUUUGGUAACUGUCAGCAGGAUGAUGGUAAAACACAUUCUGUUUCAUAUUCAGAAGUAAAGCUGAUUGCAUCUGCCACUUCAAACAUGUUAUGCCUCUGAGGCCUUUUAUUGUUCCAUUUGAAACCUAAAUCUGAAGUAAAUAGUCUCUCCUUUCAGGGGGCUGUACUGUACAGUAACAAGCGUGAAAUAUUAGAAGUGAAACCUUACGGAAACCAUUGGAUCUCUGUCUUUUUAAACAAGCCAAUAUCUGUCUUUAAGUAUCAUAGACGGGUACCCUCUCACUAGGGACCGAUGCUCAUGAACAGCAGCAGGAACCCUUCUCUUUGCCAGCUCAGAAGCAGAUGUGUUCCUUGCUAUAUUGAAGAUCUGAAUAGUCUCCGCUACUGUCUCCCAAAUAUCAAGUCUUUAAUUUUGGCAUUAACGUGGAGAGUUUCAAACCAAGCAGCAGUGCAGUGACCUUACCUUCUCAAACUUUUGGAAAUGUAUAUUUCCCAUUUGAACUCCUGGAAUCCUAUCAAGGUGAACAAGUGGAGUUCAGAUUUUGGAAAAAGGGCUGUGCCAUCCCAUUUGAAGCCUGUCUUCCUAAUACCAGACUACUGUCCCUAGUCAGGAACCCCUCUUAUUAGACCAGGGGUGUCAAACUUGUCACCCCACUGGCUAGAUGAGGGUUGUUGGGUCUUUGGAGCUGGAUUGGGACCACACAUUGGAGCUAGCGCACAGGACCUGUCCAGCACCAUGUGCCUGUGCUGUGUGCAGAGCAAGCCCUGGAGUAGGGCCAGUGCGUGCUGCAUGUGGGGCUGGACUGACUUCCUGCAGCACAGGGCAUGUGCUGUCCAGUAGCCUGAUCCAGACCAGCCCUAAAGCCAGAGCUUAGGCCUGAUCUGGUGUGGGUUUGCAUUUUCCUGAACUCCCAGAGAAUCUUCCCUUUUGUACCGGACUAAAUUUCUAAUAUUAGGACAGUCUCAUGAGAGAGGUUCCUGAAGAUUUGGGAUGAUUUUUAGCACCAUAGCACAGCACAUCAGCUGUCUGCUGAAUUUUGAAAACACUUUAAUAUAUUGUAAAUGAGACAUCUGUCCAUGCCCUAAAAUAGCCAUGUCAGCCUGGUGAAUAAGGAAUUUGCACACACUGGGCACAUCUACAUGUGCCCCUGACUGCGCGGUUGUUACCUGCUUUAGCAAGUACUAAAUGACUCCACAGUAACAACCGCACAGGUCAUGUCUGAACCUACUGCGCAGUAGCAUCAGCAUCACAGUUCGUGCCUGCUGAUGCUACAUUGCCAUAGUUUGCCGCUACAGCAACCUAGUGUCUUGUGCACUGAUGGUAAGCCCACAAUUCUGUAGCUUUCAUAAUGGUAAAAAUAAUUCUUUGUCCUAGCCCUAGAUACUGUCCCAAGAUGGUAUCUGAAUUCUAUACUAAGCAAUUAAUUUUUCAGUUUUCUGUCCUAGAUGUUCAUAAAGAAUCUAAAUCACAUCCAACGACGUAUAAAAGGAGGAGGUAGAACAACAUCUAUUCCCCUUUCUCCCAAGCUUCUAACAUUCCUUCGAGACAGUGGAAGGAACUGAUAAAGCCAGAACGCUGUGGCAUCAUUUAUAGCCUCAUUAUCAAAAUGUUCAGGAGCACGGACAGACUAGUAGGAGGGUGUGUGGCAGCACUGCUAUGAGGAUGGGUUCUACUGAAGCUGGACUCGCUAGUACAUCCUGUGAGUAUGUCAAAAGCUUCUACUUAUAAGCAAGUAACCUCCACUUUCUUUUGGCAUUCAGAUAAUUUUUAAAUUUUUCAGCAGCUUACUUAUCAAUCACACUCAUGCUGGACACACUAUUCCAGCGCAACCAGCUGAGAGAGAAAACUUGCUCUUUGAAUCCAUGCGCAAACAUGGGGGUUCAGAACUUGAGAUACUUACACUUGUUUCCUAUCUUUGUCUUGCCUUGCUGUGACAGUUUCUUAAAAAAGACUGUUUGCUAGAAAUGUGCAAACUAUAAGUCAAACAAAGGGUUUAGGGAUUGCACAUCUGGUUUCUGAGCCUUUUUGAGAAGUAGGUGGCAAUUGAAAGAUGUAUACAAUUCUUCUUAGUUCUCUGUUCAUUAAACAGCACAUGUAAACACCCAAUUUGCUUGGUCAGUUCUACUCAGCAGCUAGAGGAAGUGUUGAAUAUUCUUUCUGCCCUUAUGUUGACAAAAAUCUUUACCUUCUUAACAGUAUUUGACAUUUCAGAGUUUCAAGUCCUGGGAACCCAACUCAAAGGAGGAUUGUACGUGAUACAGUAGCUGGCAGCAGUUCUGCAGCAGAGCAUUGCAGGCAGGCUUCUGACCAAAAAAAAAAAAGAGCAAAUCUUUCUGAUCCAAGAGAGGUCAUCCUUGAAUCUAAGCUAGUUUCUUCCUGCACUAGGGCAUUCUUCAGAGCUGGCCAGUUCCCUACACAUCCACACUUCUUGUAAGAAUUCUGGGAUUUCUUCAGUCUUUGAGCUAAGCCCCAGCUGUUUUCCUGGAGGCUCCAGGAAUUAGUUUCCCCCCUAAACAGUUUGCCUUUGGCACCAUGUGGCUGUCUAACACGGUGCCAGAAAGCUUAUUCCUCAAGUUGUUCAAUGGGGGUAAGAUGUAUCGAAAGUUGAAAGCCGUUUACAAACAUAAGGUGAGGUUGAGGCUGAAGAUGGAUUGUACUCUGAACACGCUUAAAACAACUGGGGUCUCCAAGACUCUGGAUCAGAUCACAGAUUGCUGCAGUGAACUGCCGGAUUCCAGAAUGGAAGGUUUGCAGUGGUGAUCACUGGCUGUGUUUUCACUGGUUCAUUCUGAUAAGAAGGGAACUUGUUGAGGUUGGUUUACUGGAGAUCUUAGUUUGAUGAGUGAAAGGCUUGAGGGGAUGUGCUUGGCUAUCAUAACCAUCACCUAGAUCUGCCAUCACACCAUUGGGUCAUAAUUUCCUUGACCCCCUAAAAGACUAGACCAGAGAGAAGCAAAUGGCAUCACUACUUCUACUGGGUUUUUUGAUGUAGAGUUUCCUCCUUUACUGUAGGUUUCUGUUCUUCUCCCAUAUCUCAUAUUAUUUCUGUUGCCUUCUGUCUAACAAGAGCCUGGCUCAGUCAGACUUUUUCUUCCAAAACAGUGCUCAGAUCAAAUAGGCAGGCUUUAAAAUGAGCUAGAUGAGUAGUGCAGGGCUGGUCUCCAUGGGCCAGAUGAGUAGCAUGGGAGCAGUCUGUGGGCUGGAUUUGGCCCCACAGUACUUGAUUCAGUGUGCAGGGCUGAUUCGGUGCGGACACCAUGAGUGCCCUGGCCCAUGCACCAUGUGCAGUGCCUGGGUCCAGUCCAAGACCCACACCUGGCACAGAGGGCUGGAUGAUAGGGCUCCACGGGCCAUAUUUGCUUUAAACCAAUCCCUUAAUUUAACAGUAUGUGUGGUUUCUAAGUACAUUAAGUUGCAGGUAGGACAGAUGGGGAAGGGGAAGCAUCCAAGGGAUUUGCCAGAAGGUUACCAGAUAACAGAAUUUACCUUCCACAAAAAAACAGGGCACCACAUUCCAGAACAGAAACAGUGAUGAAAACCCUUCAAUAUUUAGAAGUAGUUUAAAAAGGGAGAAAAGUCCCUCUGCCCCUCAGUGAGGUCUGUCUCAAAUGAGCACCACCAAGUCAGCAUCAGGAAAACAACUAGACACUGAAGUGGUUGUCUAGAGCAUUAAGCUCUGCAGCAGAGGAAGUGGGUGAGACGACCGCAGCACUUAGGUGAAAACCUGCUGUAGGUGGGGGAUUGCUAUUUAAACUCUCAAGUAUCUUGUAAACUCAGUCCUGUAUGAGGACUUGUGACUGCCUCGAGUCCAAGCUCUAACAUGCAUUAAUAUUUUUCAUCCUAACAUGAAAAUAUUGUGGCAAGUGAUCAAACCACGGGUGUAGAGUAGGCGACGAGGAGACUAAAGAAAGUGCAGUCACUGAUCCUAAUGGACGCCAGUGUGCAGAAAAAAACUCUUCAUGAACGGAUUUUAUUCAUAGUUUUCAAGAAUUAAUAAUUACAUGGUAACAGUGGCAACAGUGAAAAGAAAUUAGUCCUGUGCAGCUGAACUAGAUUAUAUAGAACUCUGCAGUAGCUAUGUCCAGUAUUUUCAGUAUCAAAACAAGGAAGCUUGGAAGAGAUGGGGGAAAGCAUAGCUUGUUGAGGGAGAAGUGCCUCGAAGUUCUGUAUAAAUCUUCCUCUGUACCAAAAUAAGAAAAGUAUGAGUCAGAUGAUAGCCCCUGCGUGCAAAAGGACUCUGGUUCUAUGGGCUGAGACCUUUCCCUGGGUUAUGAAGGGCCAAGAGGGGUUUGAAAUUCAGCAGAGGCAUUUGUUCUUUGAUGACAGAUUAUUUGAAAAACAAUCCCUUUUAAAACAGGGUUAUCUAGUGUGCAAGAAUCAAAUGUCAUCUGAAAGGAAAAACUGUCUUGCAAAAUAAAACCAUCCAGUCAUUUUCAUAGAACCAUGGAAAUGAUUUCAUGAAAAAACACUCAUAAAUAAUGUUCCUUCAACUCAUUUCCAGAGGGUGUUGUAGAUUGUGGGAGGGAGAGAUGUGGUUUCACCAGAAAUGCUUUGCUUAGGCCCAAGGAAAGGCGUGGGUAUGUUAUUUACUAACAAUGACACACUUCAUCUUUAAAAUACGCUUCUUUCUAUUUUGAAUUAAUUUCCUUAUAGAAGGGCAUCAAAGCUGUGUCAUUAAUGGUGGACUUUGUUGGUUUCCUGGACAGUGUUUUAUUAAAAUAUUCAAGUGCUUUAAACAAAGGGAAAUUACACUUAGUGAGUGCAGUUGACCAAUGAUUCCUUAGAGGUGUAUAUCAAGAAUAGGUAAAGACAAAGAUACAUAAACUACCACCCUGGUUUCUGGUAUUUGGAGAGAGAAUUUGGCUAAAUGAUUGCACUCCUUAGUCACACCUUCAUUAUUUAUAUUUUGGACAAAAUUUCCCUUAAAGAUGUGGGUAAAAUGUGCAGACAUUGAUACUAUUUCACAGUUAGAUCAGACUGCCUUAGAAGCAAGAUUCUGUGGUUGCAAUGGGAAUCAAGGCUAGCACAUUGGAAAUUAUUUUGUUUGCUUUUCCAGGAAAUGGAACAGGUUGCACUUACUUGCAUUGGUCUGUUCUUCCAGAAGAAAAUAAAGAAAUUAAAGAGAGGUCUCUUCUAGGAGGUAGAUAAAUAAAUAAGUUUUUAGGGGUCAUCUAAUAAAUGGUAGACCCUCACAGAAAAAAAAAAAA